UAUUAAACACAAUCGCUGGUAGAUAGCCACAGAAGUCGUAUCACAAGUUAAACUGAGCGGAUCACAGCUCCACAGCUGAAGACUUCUCCACGCUGCUUUCAAACUCCCAUAGCAAACACCACACUCUGCUGGACCUGGACCUGGACCUGGACCUGGACCUGGACCUGGACCUGGACCUGGACCUGGACCUGGACCUGUGUCCAGUAACCAGCUUACUGCCAGAGACCAGAACCAGGUAGAAAAGAUGGAGACACCUAAAGUCCUAUUAAAAACUUUAAAACAUUUGAAGGAAGAGGAAUUUGAAGAAUUCAAGUGGCACCUGAAGGAGAAGGUCCUAGAACUCCCAGGAAUCCCAACGAGUGAACUAGAGAAAGCAAACCGGAUGGAAACAGUGGAUCUGAUGCAUACGUACUACGGCAGACACGACAUUAAUGUGACCAUAGAAGUUUUGAAGAAGAUCCCGAGGAAUGAUCUAUUAGAGGCAUUAUCAGAAUCUUCAUCAGAAUCCUCAUCAGAAUCCUCAUCAGACCCUAAAGAUAUUCUCACUAAGUGCCAAGGUGAACUCAAAUCAAACCUGAAGAAAACAUAUGAAAAUAUCAAAUUUAUGGAAAAAUCUGAAUCCCUACAUAAAAUCUACACGGAGAUCUACAUCACCAGGGGAGACACCACAGAGGUCAACAAGGAACAUGAGAUCAGACAGAUCGAACAAGCAUCCAGGAAACCAGACAGACCAGAAACACCCAUCAGACAAGAAGACCUCUUUAAAGCCUCACCUGAAAGAGGUAAACCAAUCAGAGCAGUGCUGACAAAGGGUGUGGCUGGCAUUGGGAAAACAGUCUUAACACAGAAGUUCACUCUGGACUGGGCUGAAGGCAAAGCCAACCAGGACAUCCAGUUCAUAUUUCCAUUCACCUUCAGAGAGCUGAAUGUGGUGAGAGAGAACAAGUACAGCUUGGUGGAACUUGUUCAUCACUUCUUCUCUGAAACCAGAGAGGCAGGAAUCUGCAUGUUUGAUCAGUUCCCGGUUGUGUUCAUCUUUGACGGUCUGGAUGAGUGUCGACUUCCUCUGGACUUCCACAACACUGACAUCCUGACUGAUGUCUCAGAGUCCACCUCAGUGGAUCGGCUGCUGACAAACCUCAUCAGGGGGAAGCUGCUUCCCUCUGCUUGCCUCUGGAUAACCACACGACCUGCAGCAGCCAAUCAGAUCACUGAGUGUGUGGACAUGGUGACAGAGGUCCGAGGGUUCACUGACCCACAGAAGGAGGAGUACUUCAGGAAGAGAUUCACAGAUCAGGAGCAGGCCGGCACCAUCAUCUCCCACAUCAAGACCUCACGAAGCCUCCACAUCAUGUGCCACAUCCCAGUCUUCUGCUGGAUCUCUGCUUCAGUUCUGGAGGACAUGUUGAAAACUGAGGGAGGAGAGCUGCCCAAGACCCUGACUGAGAUGUACAUCCACUUCCUGGUGGUUCAGUCCAAAGUGAACGUCAAGUAUGAUGGAGGAGCUGAGACAGAUCCACACAGGAGUCCAGAGAGCAGGAUGAAGAUGAUGGAGGCUCUGGGAAAACUGGCUUUUGAGCAGCUGCAGAAAGGCAACCUGAUCUUCUAUGAGUCCGACCUGAGAGAGUGUGGCAUCGAUAUCAGAGCAGCCUCAGUGUACUCAGGAGUGUUCACACAUGUCUUUAGAGAGGAGAGAGGAACGUACAAGAACACAGUGUUCUGCUUCGUCCAUCUGAGCGUUCAGGAGUUUCUGGCUGCUCUUCAUGUCCAUCUGACCUUCAUCAACUCUGGAGUCAAUCUGCUGUCAGAAGAACCAACAAACUCCUGGUGGCCUAAAGUCUUUAUAUCCAAACCUAAACUAACAGAUCUCUACCAGAGUGCUGUGGACCAGGCCUUACAGAGUCCAAACGGACACCUGGACUUGUUCCUCCGCUUCCUCCUGGGUCUUUCACUGCAGACCAAUCAGAAACUCCUACGAGCCCUGGUGACGCAGACAGGAAGUAGCUCAGAGAUCAACCAGAAAACAGUGAAAUACAUCAAGGAAAAGAUAGGAAAGAACCCGUCUCCGGAGAAAAGCAUCAACCUGUUCCACUGUCUGAAUGAACUGAAUGAUCGUUCUCUAGUGGAGGAGAUCCAACAGUCCCUGAGAUCAGGAAGUCUCUCCACAGAUAAUCUGUCUCCUGCUCAGUGGUCAGCUCUGGUCUUCAUCUUACUGUCAUCAGAAGAUGAUCUGGAAGAGUUUGACCUGCAGAAAUACUCAGCUUCAGAGGAGGCUCUUCUGAGGCUGCUGCCAGUGGUCAAAGCCUCCAGGAAAGCUCUGCUGAGUGGCUGUAACCUGUCAGAGAGAAGCUGUGAAGCUCUGUCCUCAGUCCUCAGCUCCCAGUCCUCUAGUCUGAGAGAUCUGGACCUGAGUAACAACGACCUGAAGGAUUCAGGAGUGAAGCUGGUAUCUGCUGGACUGGAGAGUCCACACUGUGAACUGGAGACUCUCAGGUUAACUGGCUGCAACCUGUCAGAGAGAAGCUGUGAAGCUCUGUCCUCAGUCCUCAGCUCCCAGUCCUCUAGUCUGAGAGAUCUGGACCUGAGUAACAAUGACCUGCAGGAUUCAGGAGUGAAGCUGGUAUCUGCUGGACUGGAGAGUCCACACUGUGAACUGAAGACUCUCAGGUUAACUGGCUGUAACCUGUCGGAGAGAAGCUGUGAAGCUCUGUCCUCAGUCCUCAGCUCCCAGUCCUCUAGUCUGAGAGAUCUGGACCUGAGUAACAACGACCUGAAGGAUUCAGGAGUGAAGCUGGUAUCUGCUGGACUGGAGAGUCCACACUGUGAACUGAAGACUCUCAGGUUAACUGGCUGUAACCUGUCGGAGAGAAGCUGUGAUGCUCUGUCCUCAGUCCUCAGCUCCCAGUCCUCUAGUCUGAGAGAUCUGGACCUGAGUAACAACGACCUGAAGGAUUCAGGAGUGAAGCUGCUGUGUGCUGGACUGAAGAGUCCACACUGUGAACUGAAGACUCUCAGUCUGUCCGGCUGUCUGGUCACAGAGGAAGGCUGUGUUUCUCUGGCUUCAGCUCUGAGCUCCAACCCCUCCCAUCUGAGAGAGCUGGACCUGAGCUACAAUCAUCCAGGAGACUCAGGAGAGAAGCUGCUGUCUGCUGGACGGGAGGAUCCACUCUGGAGACUGGAGACACUCAGGCUGGACCAUGGUGGAGAGCAGAGGUUCAGAGCAGGUCUGAGGAAGUAUUCCUGUGGACUCACCCUGGACUCAAACACAGUGGGCUGGCUCCUCAAACUGUCUGAGGACAACAGGAAGGUGACACGUGUGGAGGAGAGGCAGCCAUAUCCUGAUCAUCCAGAGAGGUUUGAUGACAGGGCUCAGCUGAUGUGCAGAGAAGCUCUGACUGGUCGCUGUUACUGGGAGGUCGAGUGGAGAGGAGGGGUUAUUAUAGCAGUGACUUACAGAGGAAUCAGGAGGAGAGGAGGGAGAGAGGAAUGUGCGUUUGGAAGGAAUGAUCAGUCCUGGAGACUGUACUGCUCUGAUGGAGGUUACUUUGUCAGGCACAAUAACAGAGGAACACCCAUCCCCUCCCCCUCCCCCUCCUCCUCCUCCCCCUCCCCCUCCUCCUCCUCCUCCCCCUCCUCCUCCACCUCCUCCUCUGGUAGAGUAGCAGUGUAUCUGGAUCAUGCUGCUGGCUUUCUCUCCUUCUACAGCGUCUCCUCCUCCUCACUGAUCCUCCUCCACACCUUCAGAGCCACAUUCACUGAACCUCUCUACGCUGGGUUUGGGUUUGGGCCUGACUCCUCAAUGUCUCUGUGUCCUCUGUGUCCUCUGUAGGAGGAGUCCACUUCCUGUCCUGGGGUCACAUGGUGUUUUAAAUGGAGGCUUCUCAUUGGUUACCGUGUGUCUCACUGAUUGUGUCUGUAAUAAAGUUUUCUUGAAGCAACGUAUUAAAGCUGAUCCUGAAGACUGUAGUGAUCGAUACGUUCAAUAAAGAUUUAGAACAAG